UUUCGUCUGACACGGAGAGGGGCGUGAUUAUAUUGUUAAGCAGAUGUCUCGUGCCUAAGCUAUUCAGCCGGCUCUGUCCGUGAAUCAGUUGUGUGGGAAGUAGGCGUUGAUGUGAAACGAAUUUGUGAGGAUGGGAGCCCAUGUUUCGCGGACAGAUUUUGAAUGGUCUUACACUGAAGAACCACAUGCUAGUAGAAGAAAAGAAAUUUUGGCAAAAUACCCACAGAUAAAGAAGUUAUUUGGUUAUGAUCCUAAUUUCAAGUGGGUUGUAACAGGCAUGGUACUUGUGCAGUUCAUGAUGUUAUUUGUCAUGAAAGAUCAGUCAUGGCCAAUGAUAUUUUUGGUUGCAUAUGUUUUUGGUGGUGUGAUAAACCAUUCAUUAAUGCUUGCUAUUCAUGAAAUUUCACAUAAUUUGGCUUUUGGACAUGCACGACCAUUAGCUAAUAAAGCGUUUGGGAUAUUCACAAACUUGCCUAUUGGUAUACCAUUUUCAAUCAGUUUUAAGAAGUAUCACCUGGAGCAUCAUAGGUACCAGGGUGAUGAAAUGAAGGACACUGACAUACCAACCUACUUGGAGGCGAAGCUGUUCUGCAAUACUUUUGGAAAAUUUUGCUGGUUGUGUUUGCAACCAUUUUUCUAUGCUUUGAGGCCAGUUAUUAUUUACCCAAAGUCGCCAACAACUUUGGAAAUAGUUAAUGUCAUUAUCCAGCUAAUCUUUGAUGUCUUCGUUUAUUACUAUUUUGGGGGCAAAGUACUAGUGUACUUAAUUGCUGGAUCAUUAUUGGCAAUGGGGCUGCAUCCAGUUGCUGGGCAUUUCAUUUCCGAACAUUACAUGUUUCGAAAAGGUUACGAGACAUACUCGUAUUAUGGGUGUCUUAAUUGGAUAACAUUCAAUGUUGGCUAUCACAAUGAGCAUCAUGAUUUUCCUGCAGUUCCUGGAUCACGUCUUCCUGAGGUGAAACGGAUAGCAGCGGAAUAUUAUGAUAACCUACCACAGCACAAUUCUUGGGUUAGUGUUUUGUAUGACUUCGUCAUGGACCCUGAUAUUGGACCUUAUGCACGCAUAAAAAGGAAAAACAGAGGCUUGAAAUCAUAAGUUGUAUUACUUUGAUGCUUUAUUCUUGAAUAAAUAUGUUAUCAGUGUUUUCAGCUGAAAAGUCAUAGACUGUUGGAAAUUUUUUUGAUGAGAUUAAUUUGUUAUUUCAUAUUGUGAAAUGUGUGGUGAAUGACCUGUGCGAAUUGGAAAACUGUAUUGACCUGGACUAAAUGUUGAUUAUUACAGAUACUGUGAUGCACGUUACAAUUAUUGACGGGAUCUGUUAUGCUGUUCAACUAGGUCUUGCCAAAAUCGUCUAUGGUGUACAGUGCAUGUUAGGCUUCAUGUUCGUAUGUGAAAAUUUAGAACAAAAUCACUGUUUUAAAUAAUAAAAUAUUGUAUGGUAACUAACAUUUUUUGCUGCUUUGGGAACUUAUGUCAGCAAAAGUUAUUUGUAACUUGCAGGGUUGAUAUCUUCAAAUUUGUUUUAACAAUAACUUGUUAAGAUGUGUAAAUACUGUAUUUUUAUGAUCAUACAUCAUUUUUGGGUUUUAAUUUUUCCUUUCAAUUUUUUAAACUGAUCAUUUGUAAUAUGCCAGUAAUGUUUUCCACUGUUACCAAGUUAUGCCUUGAAAAGCACAAAUCUCUAUUUUUUAUUGUGUGUGUGUGUGUGUGUGUGUGUGUGUGUGUGUGUGUGUGUGUGUGUGUGUGUGUGUGUGUGUGUGUGUGUGUGUAUAUAUAUAUAUAUAUAUAUAAAGCAGACAGAAAUCUGUGAACUGACAUUUUUCUAAUGUAAGAGAUAAAUCCAUUAGUUGCUCACUGUCAAAAAUGUAUUUAUUGCUGGUUUACAAUGUUAAUUUCUAAGAUUUGAAUGUAAGUUAAUUAGCCCUUACAUGUAAGCUGAAAAGGCUGGUAUCUUUUCUAGUCACAUGUUGAUCAGUGAGGGCAGGAAAUGAAUCUGAAGCAUGAGCUGCAUUUAGUAUUGUCUUUGUCAUAAAUAUUUGUUUGCAUCAAAGUAUAUGAAAUUGCGUCUAUAUAAAAUUAGUUAUGCUGUGGCUUAUUCAAAGUUACAUGUUUAGCUCAGUAGUAGUUGUACUCUUAUUGUAACUUUCUUACAGGUAUUUAUAUUCUGGUAUGCAUUUUAAUUGGUAUUUUGACCUGUUUAGAGCUUUAAUUUUUGCUACUUAUAGCCAUGACUGCUGUAUGUGAGCUAUUUUUGACAUUAAAAACGUACAAAUAAA